AUGGCGAACAAUCGACUCGACACCAUCUCACACCAUCUCAACAGCGACACCAUUAACAUUGACACAAUGUCGAAAAUCUUCCAAUUGAUCCCGGGUGUACAGUCGUACGAUUGGGGUAUCAAAGGUACCUCGGCUUCUCGAGUAGCGCAAUUUGCCAGUGCGACAAGACAGCUCAACUUUACCGCCGAAGAAAAUAGACCGUAUGCUGAGCUGUGGAUGGGAACUCACCCCUCUCUCCCCUCCAAGGUUGUUUUGCGGGUUACGGAGGAGUAUGAAGUGUUAUCCGAGUAUCUAGCGAAGCAUCCGGAAUUGGUCGGGAAGAAGGUGGCGGAGAAAUUCAGUGAUGAGAAAAAGGGGUCUUUGCCGUUUUUGUUCAAAGUGUUGAGCGUGGGGAAGGCGUUGAGUAUUCAAGCACAUCCGGAUAAGGAGUUGGGAAAGAGGUUGCAUGGGGAGAGACCGGAUGUGUAUAAGGAUCCGAAUCAUAAACCGGAGAUGGCGAUUGCGUUGACUGCGUUUAGGGGCUUUUGUGGGUUCAGACCUCUAUCCGAGAUCAUUGCGUACAUUAAGAGCGUUCCGCAGUUUGCUGAGCUUGUACAGCUUUCGGACGAGGAUCUCGACAAGGCGGCAAAUGUGACGGAAGAGGGGGAGGUGAAGCGAGUGCUAAAGACUAUCUUUGGCAACUUGAUGAAUUCUUCCCCCUCGAGCUACGAACCGCUAGCAGAACAAUUGGCGGAACGAUACAGGGCUGGGAAAGCAGAUGCAGAAGUAGGCGAGGAGGAGAGGAAUUUGGUUUUGAAGCUAGCGGAAGAGUUCCCGAGAGAUGUGGGCAUCUUCUGCACCUUCCUCCUCAACAUCUCCACUCUCCAACCAGGAGAGGCUCUAUUCCUUCAGGCGAACGAACCACACGCCUAUCUCGAAGGCGAAAUCCUUGAAUGCAUGGCCUCAAGCGAUAACGUAGUUCGCGCUGGACUCACGCCUAAACUUCGCGACACGGAAACACUUAUUUCAAUGUGCACCUAUCAAUCAGGAUCAGACAGAGGUCGAUUAGAGCCAGUACAGUGGAACAAAGCAACGGCGAAAGGCGAGGGUGAGGCACUGCUCUACGAUCCUCCGAUUGAAGAGUUUAGUGUCGUCACAAUGGAUGUUAGAGGCAAGAUGAGGAACGAGGCUGUUGAUGGGCCGAGUAUCUUGUUGGUGUUGGAGGGUGAGGUGGUGGCGGUGGAGGAAGAGGGCGAGGAGGAAAGGUUAAGGUUGGAGAAGGGUCAGUUAGCGUUUAUUGGUGCAGGGGUUGCAGUGGAGAUUUGUGGGGAUGGGGCCAAGUUGGCUAGGGCUUUUGUUGAGGUAUAA